GCGGCGAAGAAGCCGGUGGUUUGCUCUGGCAGCGGCGGCGCGUUCGCGGAACGAAAACGAGACGGACCCGGCUAGGGAUAGCGGUUCCCCCGCCCUGCCAUGGCCUCCCUGCUCAAGGUGGAUCCGGAAGUUAAGAUCAAGGUAGACUCUUUCAGGGAGCGGAUCACAAGUGAAGCUGAGGAUCUGGUGGCAAGUUUUUUCCCAAAGAAGCUUUUAGAACUCGAUGCGUUCCUUAAGGAUCCCAUUCUGAACAUUCACGAUCUCACCCAAAUCCACUCAGAUAUGAACCUUCCUGUUCCAGACCCAAUCCUGCUCACAAACAGUCAUGAUGGACUAGAUGGGCCCAAUAUGAAGAAGAGGAAGCUGGAAGACUGUGAUGAGAACUUCCAGGGUACCAAAGUCUUUGUCAUGCCUAAUGGGAUGCUGAAGAGCAACCAGCAGCUGGUGGACAUCAUUGAGAAGGUGAAACCCGAGAUCCGGCUGCUAAUUGAGAAAUGCAACACGGUCAAAAUGUGGGUGCAGCUGCUGAUUCCCAGGAUAGAGGACGGCAACAACUUUGGCGUUUCUAUUCAGGAAGAGACUGUGGCGGAGCUCCGAACUGUGGAGAGUGAAGCAGCUUCAUACUUGGACCAGAUCUCUAGAUACUACAUCACACGGGCAAAGCUGGUUUCUAAAAUAGCUAAAUAUCCCCAUGUGGAGGAUUACCGUCGCACGGUGACUGAGAUGGAUGAAAAGGAAUACAUCAGCCUGCGGCUCAUCAUUUCGGAGCUCAGAAAUCAAUAUGUGACUCUGCACGACAUGAUCCUAAAGAACAUUGAGAAGAUCAAGCGACCCCGGAGCAGCAACGCAGAGACCCUCUACUGAGCUGUCGGCAAUCUGAACUCAUGAACUGUUCAGAAGGCUCAAGGCAGCCCCUUUGCCUCAGUUUAUGUGACUAUCAAGAUGGGGAAUCUGGCUGGAAACAGUCCUCACCACACUUUUAGUUAAAAAAAAAAUCUAAAGAAACUC